AUGCUGCUCCUCAACACCACAACGCUGCAUCUUGAGGAUUUCCCAGAUCCCUCAGCAGUGAAAUACGCCAUUCUCUCACACACGUGGGGAAAGGAUGAAGUGUCUUACAAGGAUCUGAAAGAUUUCCCAAGAGCGAAGAGACAGGCCGGAUUUGCUAAAAUCGUCCGAACAUGCGAGCUCGCCCUUGUUAAACACAAGUUGCAUUACGCAUGGGUAGACACGUGCUGCAUCAACAAGGCCAGUAGCGCAGAGCUGAGCGAGGCCAUCAAUUCCAUGUUCUCAUGGUAUCGGCAUGCGACCGUAUGCUUUGUAUGGUUAGAAGAUCUUGCGCCAGUUCAACAAGCAGCAGAGCUGUCACUGUUACCCGAGAACCCCAGUUACCCAACAUCGGGCUAUGACGGAAAACUUUAUGACAUAUCAGAGAUGGGUUCUUGCAAGUGGUUCAAGCGCGGUUGGACGUUGCAAGAGCUCAUUGCGCCACGCAGAGUCGAGUUCUAUGACGCAUCCUGGGAAUUCAGAUUUAAAAAAAGAGAAAGAACUACCGAACUGUCUCUUAUCACGGGGAUAGACGAGGAAGUGUUGAAGAAGCGAAGAUCGCUCAAGGAUGUCCUCGUGGGCGUCAAGAUGUCAUGGGCAGCCGAUCGCAGGACUUCUCGUCUUGAGGACUUAGCAUACUGCCUCCUUGGUAUCUUCGGCAUAAAUAUGCCGAUGCUAUACGGCGAAGGUCACAACGCAUUCAAGCGACUUCAGGAGCACAUUGUCAGCCAACAUAGAGAUGAAUCGCUAUUCGCCUGGCAGUCUUGCAACCCACCUGAUCAAGACUAUCGUGGCGUCUUUGCUAGAUCCCCCGAGGAGUUCAAAGUUUGUUCGAGAUUACGGAAGGGUGGUCAUUUCAUGUUUUCGACCCCUGGAUUUUCCAUGACGAACAAAGGCGUCAAGUUCACCACUGAGGCGUUGAAAGUCGACAACGACGCGUACUUUGUGAUGCGUUUGGGCAUCCAAUGCGACAAUUGUGAGGAUCGCCACGACGUUCACAUAUGUCUCCUGCGGACGACUAAGGGGCAUGUCCGUGUUUCGCCUCAUGAGUGCUGGAGGCCACCAGCAGGAGGUGGACUAAGCCCCCGAACCAAGAUAUACUGCUGCAAAGAUGUUACUCUUCACGAGAGCAGGGCGCUUGAGCGCUUGGCAUUAAGCCCUCUGAGAGUAUCUUUGGAUAUAGAUCAGAGGAAUCUGCUGAGCGUUCAGCAGUAUCCUUCCCUCGCGUGGGAUCCCAACUGCAGUGGCUUCUGCGGUGAUGCUUUGGCAGGCGACUUCUCAGGGGUUAUCAUUGUCUACACGAAUGUAGUCGAUGUUUUGACCUUAACCUUGCUCGUUCACAAAUUGAAACACGAGGAUGACCCCGACGUGGAGCUUUACGCCGCACCACAACAUUCAGAAAGUCCAUGGAAAGUGAUUGAAGGCUGCAGUCCCAGCGAAUUGUACAAAGGCGCUCGUUUGGAUGAUGAAAAAUUGCUGGAAGACUACAAGGAAGCGAAGUUGAGCCGCGCCUAUCAGCCGAGGAGAAUGGUCAAACUCGAACGAAGCUGGACACCCGAACGUCCACCUAUGACUGCAACAUUCGAGGCUAAAGUAGAGGGUCUUCACGUUAUCGUCUCUCUGGUGGUCACAUCUGGCAGCGGUCUGCCCGUCGUUCAAGCCUACCCGGCUGUUCAAGCUGUGCCAAUCAUUCAAGGUUACUCCCAAUUCCUACAGUCGUACGGCUUUCCAUUUCAAGACCCGAACGUCUUCCAAUGCCCGCCCGAGUUCGAUGAUACGGAAAAUGAUGGAGAGCAGGACGAUGGCGAUGAUUGGGAUGACACUGAAGUUCCAGACGAGGACGGCCUUGUGAACCUCUCUAUUACGCCGGCACCUUCAUACCCUCAUCUCGAGACUCCCCCCAGCACCCAAAAAGGUCCAACAGCCGAUCCUCGUUUCACCCCAGCGAUCCCGACGUCAUCCCGCCAGUCAGCAUACAACACCCCCAAGCCCGAACGUCAGGAGUCUUCUACAGUUUACGGAUACAACUCUCCAAGCAGGGCCUCCGUCGCGACGCCAAUAGACACACCAAAACGUGUCAACUCAGACGGUACUGCCCCACACCGCGUUCGUGAUUCUCCGCGCAUGUCAUCAAAGCAAGACCAAAUAAACCGUACUUAUACUGCAGAAUACACCGUACCGUAG